UAUAUAAUUAGAUCUAAGAACAGAAUAGUUUUCAUUUCAUUUCAGGAUUAGUUAGGGUUUGGCGAUUGAGGGAGAGAGAUGGAAGAACGAAAAGGAAUCACUGUGGCUAUGGCGGUGCUCCUCUUCUUCAUUGCUUCCUCUUCCUUUCAGCUUCUCUCUGCUUCCGAUGAUGCCGACGACGCGAUCUUCUACGAGUCGUUCGAUGAUGAUUUUGACGGCCGUUGGAUUGUAUCCAACAAGGACGAUUACAAUGGUGUCUGGAAGCAUGCUAAGAGUGAUGGACAUGAUGAUUAUGGACUUCUCGUUAGUGAACAAGCCAGGAAAUAUGCUAUAGUUAAAGAACUUGAUGACCCUGUCAGUCUUAAGGAAGGAACAGUUGUUCUUCAGUUCGAGACUCGCCUUCAGAAUGGCCUUGAAUGUGGUGGUGCAUAUCUUAAAUAUCUUCGUCCCCAGGAGGGUGGAUGGAAACCCAAGGAAUUUGACAAUGAAUCUCCAUAUUCUAUCAUGUUUGGUCCUGAUAAGUGUGGUGCUACAAACAAGGUGCACUUCAUUUUCAAGCAUAAGAAUCCCAAGAAUGGGGAGUAUGUUGAACACCAUCUCAAGUAUCCCGCUUCUGUCCCAUCUGACAAACUAUCUCAUGUGUACACUGCUAUUUUGAUGCCUGACAAUGAAUUGCGAAUUUUGAUUGAUGGGGAGGAGAAGAAAAAGGCAAAUUUCUUAUCCUCUGAGGAUUUUGAGCCUCCCCUUAUCCCUCCCAAGACCAUCCCAGAUCCUGAUGAUAAGAAACCCGAGGACUGGGAUGAGAGAGCCAAAAUUCCAGACACAAGUGCUGUGAAGCCAGAUGACUGGGAUGAGGAUGCACCCAUGGAAAUUGAAGAUGUAGAAGCUGAGAAACCUGAAGGAUGGUUAGAUGACGAGCCAGAGGAAAUAGAUGACCCAGAUGCAACAAAACCAGAAGAUUGGGAUGAUGAGGAGGAUGGUGAAUGGGAAGCCCCAAAGAUUGAUAACCCAAAGUGUGAAGCGGCCCCUGGUUGUGGUGUGUGGAAGAGGCCAAUGAAGAUGAAUCCAGCUUAUAAGGGAAAAUGGAGUGCCCCCAUGAUUGAUAACCCCAAUUAUAAGGGUAUAUGGAAGCCUCAGGAGAUUCCAAACCCUGACUACUUUGAACUUGACAAACCUGAUUUUGAGCCUAUUGCUGCUAUUGGUAUUGAGAUUUGGACAAUGCAAGAUGGCAUACUGUUCGACAAUAUUCUGAUAGCUAAAGAUGAUAAGAUUGCAGAGUCCUAUCGGGAGACUACAUGGAAGCCCAAGUUUACGAUUGAGAAAGAGAAACAGAAGGUUGAAGAGUCCGCAACCGGUUCAGAUGGUAUUGCAGGCUUCCAGAAGAAGGUGUUUGACAUCUUAUACAAGAUUGCCGACAUUCCCUUCCUGAGUGAUCACAAACUUAAGAUUUAUGAUGUCAUUGAAAAGGGCGAGAAGCAACCAAAUCUCACUAUUGGGAUUAUUGUAGCCGUUGUGGUUGUCUUCGUGUCAAUUUUCUUCAGGAUCAUAUUUGGUGGGAAGAAACCUGCAAGGGCUGCAGCAAGGGUGGAGAAGACGAAAGAACGCGCAGAAACUUCCAAUAACCAAGCUGGUGGAGAGAAUGAAGAAAACAAAGAGGAGAAGGAGGAAACAUCUGCUGCUCCGCGUCGGAGGAUAAAAAAGCGAGACGAUUGAAAUGGUUGAAACUCAAACAGGGGCGUCCUCUUAAGUAUCAUCACCACAGAUAAAUUUUGGACUUAGUUGGAUUUUAGGUUCACUUCGUUUUCAUUUUUCUCCUUUUAAAAAAGAAAAAGAAAAAUAUUAUAUGCUUAAGGAGUGUAGAUCUUCUCCCUUUUGGAUACUUGAGUGUUUUGAGCUAAUUGAAGUUGUACAAUUAUUUUUUUC